GCAUUUUUCAGGCGUGCGGAAAAAUUCCUCAAUUGUCGCGCAGAAUUUCCACAGAAAUUUAAGAUCAGAAAAGUGCAAAAUAUAAAUAAAAUAUUCUAAAACCUCGAUCGAGUAGAAGAGGCAGCAGCACGCGACAUGGCGUGUCCCUUCUUCCGGCGAGCGGACUCGCUAACACGCCAGCCCUCGGUUAUCGCCGAGCCUGGCGCCCAUUGGGCCCUGGAGGAUGAGGAGCUCUCGGACGACGCUCUGACCCUCACGCACCUGCAAAUGGCCAUCCAGCUGCUGACGGCGCCGUCGAACGAGGAUCUCAACACGGCCGUCACCUCCCUGAUAGCCAAGUAUCGCCAGAACUGGCCCAACAUACACAAGCUAAAACUGGACCCUCAGACCUUCAAGAGCUGUGCCAACUAUGAUUACUUGGCCGACAUCCAGGAGCUGCUCCUCAAGAUGGACGAGGCAAGUGCCAGCGAGAUUCUGGUGCUUCUCGGGGAGGAGCUUAUAACCUGCUGCUGCACGGGAAUCAUUGAGCGGGCCUUCCGCUGCCUGGGCACGGAUCUGCAGGAGUUCCUGGGCUCCCUGGAUGGGGUCUACGAUGUGCUCAAGUUGCAGGAGGAGGAUGUGACCGACACUGGCUUCGUGUGCGCCGGCGAGGGUGAGCUGAUCUUCACCUCUGAGCGUCCGGUGAUCGCAUGGCUGCUCCUGGGCUCCCUGAAGGCCCUCACCCGGAUGCUGUACAAGGUGGAUGUGAACAUCAAGAUCGAGCCCGUGGAGGGCGAUGCCCGGCGCUAUCGCUACCUGUUCUCGCUUGUCAAGGACAACGCCCAGACCAUGUUGAUGGGCCGGCCCACGCUGGUGAGCAAGACCAUACCGGAGACGGUGCAGCGGAGCAACUCGAGCAACGCCUCCGAUCUGCAGAUGAACUCCUCGAGCUUCUGCAAGAUGUUCCCCUGGCACUUCAUCAUGAACGAGCAGCUGGAGCUGGUGCAGCUGGGCAGGGGCUUCAGCAAGCUGUACAAGCCGUACCUGGCGGACUUUGGUUGCCAGGCGAGCACCUACUUUGACUUCAAGCGGCCCAAGGGACUGACCAUGAAGUUCCGGGACAUAGUCAGGCGCACCUACACGCCCUUCCUGAUCGGCUUGAUGAGUCCGCCCGGCGUGUCGGACUUCCCGGCCAUCGGCUUGGAGAUCAAGGGCCAGAUGGUGCACUGCCCGGAGUCCAACUCGCUGCUCUUCAUCGGAUCACCAUUCCUGGACGGCCUGGACGGACUCACUUGCAACGGACUCUUCAUAUCGGAUAUCCCCUUGCACGAUGCCACCCGCGAGGUGAUCCUGGUGGGAGAGCAGGCUCGGGCACAGGACGGGCUACGCCGGCGAAUGGACAAGCUGAAGAGCAGCAUCGAGGAGGCCAAUUCGGCGGUGACCAAGGAGCGGAAGAAGAACGUCAGCCUGCUGCACCUCAUCUUUCCCGCUGAGAUCGCCGAGAAGCUCUGGCUGGGCUCGUCCAUCGACGCCAAGACCUAUCCGGAUGUCACGAUCCUGUUCAGCGACAUCGUGGGCUUCACCAGCAUCUGUUCGCGGGCCACGCCCUUCAUGGUGAUCAGCAUGCUGGAGGGGCUGUACAAGGACUUCGACGAGUUCUGCGACUUCUUCGACGUGUACAAGGUGGAGACCAUCGGGGACGCCUACUGCGUGGCCAGUGGCCUCCAUCGCGCCUCCAUAUACGACGCCCACAAGGUGGCCUGGAUGGCCCUCAAGAUGAUCGAUGCCUGCUCGAAGCACAUCACCCACGACGGAGAGCAAAUCAAAAUGCGGAUUGGCCUGCACACAGGCACUGUGCUGGCCGGAGUGGUGGGCAGGAAGAUGCCCAGGUAUUGCCUCUUCGGGCACAGCGUCACCAUUGCCAACAAGUUUGAGUCGGGCAGCGAGGCGCUGAAGAUCAACGUUAGUCCCACGACCAAGGAGUGGCUGACCAAGCACGAGGGCUUCGACUUUGACCUGCAGCCACGCGAUUCUGCGUUCCUGCCCAAGGAGUUCCCUAAUCCUGGCGGCACCGAGACCUGCUACUUCCUCGAGGGAUACCGCAAUCCGGCCCUGGACAGCCAACUGCCGCUGGUGGAGCACAUCAAUGCGGCCAUGAAGACCAUAUCCGAGGGCGGCGAUGCCUAGGAACCGAAUCUCCCCUAGAAACCCACGCUCAGUAGUCGUAGUUCGGUGCACUUGUAUUUUGUGUGGUUUUAUCCUGUUGCCCUGCUUAGCCUAAAAACAAUAAACUCAAGCAUAUUCCAGCACA